GUUGACUGCAAUCAAGGCCCGACCGGAUUAUUAAACAUAGCAGAAUCCAGUUAAUUCCGACGAAUAAUCGGUUAGGCAAAGGUGGCUUUUGCUUCGGCUUGGCUUCGGCCUCAUCAAUCAACGCGGCACGGACGCCAAAGCGCAGCCACCGUCCCAAACCCAGCUCUCUCCCUUUCUUUCCACGAAAAAACCUAAACGCCGCCACAAUUUCAUUGAAAAAAAUUAUUAUCAAGAAACAAAGUCAGCCCUAUAUUAUUAAAAAGGAAAAAAAUUGUUUUUAGUUUUUUUUUUUGGUUGUUGGGUUUUUUGAGAUAUGUCGUCGGAGAUCGAGGUAGUGGAAGAGGUCCAACCCUUGAAGCAAUCGGGUGGCGUUGUAGCGAAUGGGAAUGGAUAUGGGGAAGGGUAUAAUGGGGUUGUUGGUGAUGUUGCUGAUGAUGAGAGCUUGAGGAACGAUGUCUACACCGCUGCUGCAUAUGGGGAUUUGGAGAAGCUCCAUAGGUUGGUUGGGUACGAGGGUUACUCUCUUUCCGAGCCUGAUGGCCUUGGUUACCAUGCCCUCCAGUGGGCUGCUUUGAAUAAUAGAACCGCCGCUGCCCAGUACAUCAUCGAGCAUGGUGGAGAUGUACAUGCGACAGAUCACAAUGGGCAGACGGCCUUGCACUGGAGUGCGGUCCGGGGUGCAAUACAAGUUGCUGAGGUUUUACUCCAAGAGGGUGCUCGGGUGGAUGCUGCUGACAUUUAUGGCUAUCAGAUAAUACAUGUUGCUGCCCAAUAUGGCCAGACUGCUUUUCUCUAUCAUGUUGUUUCAAAAUGGAAUGCUGACCCUGAUAUUCCUGAUAAUGACGGGCGAAGCCCUUUGCACUGGGCCGCUUAUAAAGGUUUUGCCGAUUGCAUACGUCUUCUCUUAUUUCUUGAUGCACAUAGAGGGCGUCAGGACAAAGAGGGUUGCACUCCUCUCCAUUGGGCGGCUAUUAGGGGUAAUCUAGAAGCUUGCACAGUCUUAGUUCAGGCUGGCAAGAAGGAGGACUUGAUGGUCACUGAUAAUGGUGGCCUUACACCUGCACAGCUUGCUUCUGAUAAAAAUCACAGACAAGUUGCUUUUUUCCUUGGAAAUGCUAGAAGGUUGCUUGAAAAUCGAUGUGAUGGGAACAGCAGUCUUGGACUACUUUCAAAAUUAAGACUUGCACCCGUUCUUGGGUGCAUUAUCUUUCUACUACUAGUGACCUAUACACAAUCUGUCAUAAUGGCAUCAAACCUGCCAAAGUUGACAGCUGGGUUUGGCCUUCUUGCAUGGUUGGGUGUUUUCCUAGCAUCCUCUGGUUUGGUUAUGUUUUAUAGAUGUAGCAGCAAGGAUCCCGGUUACAUCAGGAUGAAUGUCUAUGAUCCUCAAACUAUGAAGGAUGACGAACCCUUAUUGAAGAUUGAGAUAAAUAAUCCUGCUUUGCUAGCUGGAAACUGGUCUCAGCUUUGUGCAACAUGCAAGAUUGUCAGGCCUCUUCGUGCAAAACACUGCUCCACUUGUGAUCGUUGCGUUGAACAAUUUGACCAUCAUUGCCCUUGGGUAUCAAAUUGUGUUGGCAAGAAAAACAAAUGGGAUUUUUUUAUUUUCCUAGUUUUAGAAGUUUCAGCAAUGUUGAUUACUGGUGGAGUUGCUAUGACAAGAAUCUUGAUGGAUCCAACGGCUCCAUCUUCAUUUUUUCCAUGGAUAAACCAUGCUAGUACUCAUCAUACUGGUGCUGUAUCAUUUUUGAUUGUGGAUUUUUUCCUCUUCUUUGGUGUGGCAACAUUAACUUUUGUACAGGCUUCUCAGAUUUCUCGCAAUAUAACAACAAAUGAAAUGGCAAAUGUCAUGCGCUAUAGCUACCUCAGGGGUGCUGGUGGUCGAUUUAGAAACCCAUAUGAUCAUGGGUGCCGGAAGAACUGCACAGAUUUCCUGAUCAAUGGCUACAAUGAAGAUAUACCGGCUAGUGAAGAUUCAGCACAUUCUGAAGGAAUUAGCAUGGUACAAAUGCCAAGAGAAAAUGGUGAUUUGCAAGGUCUCGCAAACGGAAAUGGCCAUAUCGCCAUAAAUGUCAGUUCGAGCAACACCAAAGCACACCAUGGCCAUGUUCAUUCUUCCCACUGCAGCCAUAGUAACCAUAGCAAGUCAAAAACUGAGAGCGUGCCUUCAAGAUUGGGUCUUGGUCUCGGACGAAGUAGCCCCCAUGCCGCCGCAACCUCGUGAUAUUCGUAUACAGAAUAAGUUGAAACAGAUGUGCAUUGUAUCAAAAGCAUACAUUCGGUUUCGGCUUUUUGUUGAUCUAUUGCGUGCCCCCUUUUUUUUUCCAUGUUUAUGGGUGCGCAAUUCUUUCAAAUUGUCUCAUUUUUGUAUUGUUUUAUAAGUAUGUGGCUUUAGAUUUGGUGUGCUUGAAAGUGGAAAGAAACCCGUUUGGGGUUUAAUUGAAACAAUGUAAAUAGCUUCCUUUGAUAACACGAAAACGACGACAUUAUUUUU